AUGUACGAGUGGAUCGAGGCGUUUCGCGCCGCUGAUGACACGCAAUCCGCUUUCCCGAACCCGAACCUUUUUGCACGUGAGGGUUCCGGCGGGUUACCACUGGACGCCGCGCACGUCAUCCGCGAAAGUCAUGCGCAUCUUCAGGCAGCUAUCGAGGCCGCUCAGGUACGUCAGUCGAUCAUCACGCGCGCCGCCAACGCGGCGCUUCAGGAGACCGAGCAGCAGCAGGUCACGCGGCAGGUUCUCGCCGGGGUUGGCAACAACCCCGCCGCGGGUGGCUUCGCCGCUUCUGGCGCGCACCUGCAGCGGCAGGCCAGGCAUCACCACCCCGACCCGACGGACCCGAGGUUCCAGACCAAGGGCUGGAAAGCCGCGGUCAAGCACGCGUCGAUCCCGACGGCCGUGCACGACGCCGAGCUCAAGCGCAACAUCGAGAUCGGCCUGCCCGGCGCGUCCUCCCUCGAGGACAAGACCAUCCCCACGUUCAGCCGCGGCGAGCUUCCGCACUUCGCCGGCAUCAACACCUUCCUCAAGGCUCCCUUCGAGGAGGACGUGAGGAACGUGGGCAACUACGACGUCACCUGCCUCGGCGUACCCUUCGACGGCGGGUGCACGUACAGGGCCGGCACCAGGUUCGGUCCCCAAGGCAUCCGACGCAUCUCGGCUCUGUACACCCCGUACAACUACGAGAUGGGCGUCGAUCUCCGCGAGCAGAUGACGAUGUGUGACGCGGGCGACGUGUUCACCAUCCCCGCCAACAUCGAGAAAUCCUUCGAUCAGAUCUCCAACGCGGUCGGCCACGUCUUCUCCUCCGGUUCCUUCCCGCUCAUCCUCGGCGGCGACCACUCCAUCGGCUUCCCCACCGUCCGCGGCAUCGCCGCGUGCACUUCCAAGAAGAUCGGCAUCAUCCACGUCGAUCGGCACGCGGACAUCCAGGAGAAAGACCUGGACGAGCGCAUGCACACCACCCCGUACUUUCACGCCACCAACAUCCCGAACGUCCCCGCGACUAACCUGGUCCAGAUCGGCAUCGGCGGCUGGCAGGUCCCGAGACCCGCGGUCGAGCACAUCGUCGGCCGACGGACCAACGUGUUCACCAUGGACGACGUCGAGGAGCUCGGCAUUCCCAAGGUUGCCGAGAUGGCCCUGGAAAGAGCCUGGGACGGCGCAGACGCCGUGUACAUGAGCUACGACAUCGAUUCCCUCGAGGCUGCGUUCGUGCCCGGCACCGGCUGGCCCGAGCCCGGCGGUCUGCUCCCCCGCGAGGCGUUAAAGCUCGUCGGCCUCGUCGCCGCGGAGGGCCUCUGCGGCUUGGAGAUUGUCGAGGUGUCGCCGCCUUACGACGUCUCCGACAUCACCAGCCUCAUGGCGCUGCGCAUCGCCGUGGACGUCAUGGGCUCCAUGGUGGCCAACGGCAAGAUGGGCGCCCACAAGCACAUCAUCGACAAGGAGUUCGUCCCCUUCUAA